AGUAACGUACUAAUCUAGUCUAGUCACUCGCGUCUUCUUCCGGAGCGGCGUUGAUCGACCCCGCACUCAAGACUGAUCUCUCUCCACCCUUGACAAGCCAAACAUUCACUUCUGUCUACUUAAAACGUGUGUGUGAGACGUCUGUCUCUGCCCGCUCUGAGCUUUCCCUGAUGGGCGGCUGGUCCCGCAGCGCCGUGCUGCAGCUGUACAGAGCACUGCUUCGUGCUGGCCGUCACCUACAGUACACCGACCGUGACUACUACCGGCGCGCAGUGACCCGAGAGUUCAGGCGCUGUCAGACCCUCAGCGCCCCAGCAGAGAGGGAGGACGCGCUGAAGAGAGGCCAGUUCUUCCUCAACAGUGGGCUGGGCGGGUUGGUGUAG